CGAGACUCGUCCAGCGAUGCGUGAGUGAAGGCAUUCCAAAGUACAUUGUAAAUCUUCCGGUCGCCUAUCUUCACCACCCGGUAAUAUUUGCGGCCUGCCUGAACUCGACGCGCAGUUCGCCAUUAAUGUUGAUUUUCACAGCAUCCCCUCCCUGAAGCCCAUCCGACACAGUACAGCGCGCACGGGAUCUCGUGUCCUCUGCCGCCCACCUACUCCUACCUAGUCCAGACCAUGACAGUCUUCCGAUGUUGAUCGAACAGCCGAGUGGAAAUGUCUGCGCCAUCCAGCCGCGGGCAACGCGGUGGCAGCUCCGCGAGGGGUGGUAGAGCAAUCUCAGCAUCCACCGGUCGUGGUCGCGGUAACGCCGCUCGCGGAACCCCAACCCCAAGUCGCGGACGAGGAAGAGGCAGCGCGAACAACGGCCCGACAUCGACUGGUAGCGGUGAUGGACUACUUCAACGACUGCGCACAGGAACCAUCAAACGAGGUGCCGAACAUGGCUCGAAUACGACUUCGGGAAGAGGACGCGGUGCGGCCGCCACAGUGCCUACCAGUACUAGCUCGCGAGGACGCACCAUUCGUGGACGUGGCCACCUUUCGCAAACGUUCAAUACGGCCAAAUCACAGCCCUCGACACCAUCGUCUCGCCCUUCUUCUCCCGCGCCCUCAAAUCACCGCGAUUUCAUGAAUACCGCCCACGCUAAGUUCCAAGAGCUCAAACAACUUCGAGAAAAGGAGAGGGCAAACGCAAUUCGCGAUGGAUUCCUUGCGGACCCCGAUAAAAAGACGAGUCUGGACAAAGCCAUUACUCCCGUGGGGACCUGCCUUGAAAUGUGUCCCGAGUUCGAAAGAGUGGAACGCAUCGUCCAAAACAUGGUGGACAAGGCAGAAAAGGUUCACGAUGAUUCCACCGGCCGAGACAUGCCUUCGGAGGAGCGCAUGGUCAAACGAUUUCGUCGCUCGGCAGCCGGAUACGAUGAACAACUCCCCUCCGACAUAAGGACUCCUGCCACCCUUCAGAAGACCCUGGACUAUCUACUUGACCGGGUGAUCGGGGGAGAGGAACGGCUGGCCACCAUUCACAAGUUUGUUUGGGACCGGACACGAGGGAUCCGAAACGACUUUUCCAUCCAACAGGUAACCAAUACUGAGGAUGUCAAGAUUGCCGUCGACUGCUACGAACGCAUAGCAAGAUUCCACAUUCUCUCAUUGCACCAACUGUCCAACCCCGACAAUCUCCUAGAGGGUGAAAAUUUUGAUGCACACCAAGAACGGGAGCAGCUCAACAACACUCUCCUCUCUCUGCUGUACUACUAUGAUGACAAUAGAGACCGGGUUGAUCUCCCCAAUGAAGGUGAAUUCAGAGCCUAUUGCAUCAUCUUCGAGCUUCAGUCGCAGCACCCCGAUCUCGAGGAUCGCAUUCAAGCCUGGCCCAAGACCUUGCUGGCCGACAAGAGAGUACAGACAGCCCUCAAGCUGUACAUGGCCGCGGGUAACGGCCUCUUCGACCAAGGACCCCUGCGGCCCACGGAGCCCUUCGCAAUAGCUCAAAGCAAAGUGGGCACGUUUUGGCAGGUUUUGUCCUCGAGAGCCGUCCCGUACAUGAUGGCGUGUGUUGCCGAAAUUUACUUUGCUCCCAUUCGAUUCGCGGCCCUGGAUGCCUUGUGGCGAUCGUGCAAGAGCGCACCAUCAGCACAACAAGCCAGAUCGAGGGAUUGGACUCUUGCUGAAGUGACGAACUUCCUGGGUUUUGAUACCGAAGCAGAGACCAAGGACUUUUGCGCCGCCUUCGACAUCUACUUUGGCACAGACGAACACGGCGAAGAGUAUCUCGACGUAACGUCCAACAGUGCCCAUUCUCUCGACCAAUCCUCAAUACCGAACCGGCAGUCCUUCUCGCACACCUACGUCGAGAAGAAACGCUAUCACCGGACAUUGACCGCGGUCAUCAACGGCGUCCCUGUGGCCGAGGCAAUACGCCAAGGUUUGGUAGAGCCAGACGAUGAAGAAAGCCCAGGACUAGAACUGGACGAAGCCGUGGGAGAAGAUGACCAGAGCAUGUUUGUUCCUGAGACAAAGCCCACGCCUCCCACGUUGAAGCCAUCGCCCUCAGGCCCUGCUCUCAACCCUGAAGCCUCGACCUUCACUCCCAAGUUUGGCGAAAGCCAAGGGUCGUCUUCCUCUGUUUUUGGCCGACCAGCUGAAAAGUCGACUUCGAGUUUCGGCCAGCCGACCAGUUUCGGUUCAUCCGGCUUCGGUUCCUCUGGACUCUCGACGGGGUUUGGUUCGGCGUCAACAGCGUCAAUGUUCGGAAAACCUGCUGUUGGCCAACCGCAGCCCGGGUCCUUCAGUUUUGGAGGGUUUGGUCAAACACCCAAGGAGCCGGCUUCGAAUUCUCCAAAUCUCGCUGCACCAUCGACAUCCCAAACACAGGCACCCGCACUGAGCUCCAAUCCUGUCACGACGCCGACAUUUACCGGCUUCAACUUUGGACACGCAGCUACUGCGUCUUCCACUGCUGCACCAGCCCCAUCAGCUGUCGCAUCUACGUCUUCUGCAAUUCCACCGAUCUUUGGUCCCCGUGCCACAUUUCCGCCUUCGGGGCCUGCUGAAGAGCCCAAAACAAAAACCCCUGCAGCAACAACACCGGUCAAAUUCACCGAUCUAACACCGCAGACAAUGCAGACCCCUUCAAUAAGUGAGCCCAAAGUCCAGACCUUAGACAACCAACCAAAGAUCGGUACCAGUCCUGCGCCGAUCUUUUCGUUCCAGCCUCAAGUUUCACAAGACAACUCAAAGCCUCCUGCCAUGGCGACGACAACGCAGUCGACACCAUCAGUCCUCCCUUCAACUGCGCCGAGCGCUUUUAAGUCGACAACACCUUCAGCCACCACUCCAACUACUCCUUUCUUCGUUAAUAAGCCUCCAUCGACGUCGGAAGCACAAAAGCCUUCUUCUGGCGCAUUCAAGUUCCCAUCAGUGCAAGCAUCCUCGAUCAAGGCUCCUGAGCAGGCUCAACCCGACACCAUCCCGGCCGAGACUGCAAAGGCAGCAGCAAAACCAUUCACUCAGCCAACGUCAUCUACCGCAUCACCUCAAGUAAGCACGACUCCGCCGCAUUCUCCGACGCCGCUUCCGGCGGAGGCGAGCGUCAGCGAGGUGGAUCGAGACCAACUGGUAACCAACCUUGCCAAGGUGGCACUGCUUCGCAAAAACGGAAUGAUGCAGCACUACAUCGAGUACGCUCUCCCCGACCUACUUCGGACGGCUCUAAAUCAGCAUCGGUUGGAAGUCCAUGACACCGCCGUUGCUUCGAUACGUUCACGGAUUCUCGCCCGAAAAUUCGGCUACAUCUGGCGGACACGGGCAUGGAGGAAUAGCUUGAAUCGCAAAGCCAAGAACCGACGGCAACUGUUUGCGCAGACAAUAAGAGCGGAAGAAGAGAGGAAGAAGAGAAAUGAAGAAGAGUUGGAGGAAAUUCUUCGGGCCACUCAAGAAACAAAGAGAUUACAGCAGGAAGUGGAACAAGCCGCCGAGACGCGAAGGGCUAAAUUCAGCGUUCGAGCGGACAACAAUCCCGGUAAAGUGGCUGGGCAGAAGCGAAAGAGCUUCUCAGGCCAAGAGCAACCCCAGCCAAAUCUGGCAAGUCCAAGAAAUGGAACAGCAAGCGGAACGCCUGUUAACAAGGGCCACAAGAGAUCAAGGACCUUGGGCACUUUCUCAGAGCCAAGCAACAGAACUCUCAGACACACGCUGCCACCUGGAGUCAGCUUUCGAGCAUCCCGGUCCAAACCUCCACCACAUGUUUCGAUAUUCUCGCCCAGGUCGACAUUUGGUCGGUCAGUCAGCGGGGACCAAAACUUGCGAGAGUCCAUGUCUGGCCAGAAGGUCGAUACUACUCACACCGACUACUUCAAACUCAAGGCUAUGGGCAUCGACCCUGAAACACCCAUCAUACCGGACACUGAAGCCACAUUGGCUCUGCGCAAGCGACGUGAAGAAGAAGAAAGAAAGGCCGCGCUUGCUCGGGCAAGUAGACGUACCACCCGCCUGUCAUCGUCGUCAUUGCAGGGUUCUCCUUCUGCAGGAACGGCAUCUCCCUCUGCGUUCAAUCCUCCUGUGGCAUCGCCGGCUGCUCCGACUCGCGCACCAACGGCACAGCAACAGCAACAAGUGAAUCAUGCUACUCCCUCUCCCGUAGUCGAAGAUGACUUCCUCAAACAAAUCCGUGAAGCUCGAGAGGCACUGGCCGAACAGGCUCAAUGGUUCAAGGAGCAGACAGUCACGCUAGAAAGGGAAAUGGAGCAAGAAGAACAAGAGUUCCGAAAGAGCAGCCAUAGCAGCAGCCGUCAUGCAUUUGAAAGCAGUGUUUUGAGUAUUCCUCCUGCCACAACCAGCGUCGGUAAGGGUGGCGCACUUUCCAGGGCCCAAACCGGGUACGAGUAUCGACCUUCGGAGACGAAGCCCGGAGUCAGUCUGUCCCGCACCGAACAACGCAUUCGCAUGACCGGAGCCCAUGGGCUGGCCACUAGCGCUUUGGGACCGAAACCCCGGACUACCAGUAGUUCGGGCUACAUCCCCGUUGCCAUGUCGAAGAGAAGUGCAAUGACGUACAAGAGGGGAGCAGAAAGAGCUGGCCAGGAUCCAUCUCUCCGAUCGUACAGAGAUCUUUCUACUCCUGGUAUGUCCCAAAACAGACAUGGGAGGAAACGCUCUCAUGAUGAUGUGGAUGCCGACACCGAGAUCAUUGAUCCCAGCCUGGCUGAGGAAAGACGACAAAAUCAUCGAGGUGGGUUUGUCGCCAGCGAGGUCGACGAAGCGAGCUUGCGCCAUGCAGCUAAGCGGCCUCGCGGUGCCGACGACGGUGCUGAGCCGCUCAAUGCCGGAGGUCAUCCGUCUCAAGGAUAUGGACGACGCAAUGAAACUCUGCAGAGUGAUCGAAGCCGGCAGAAUCCCUACGAUCUUCUGCAGGAAGGACACGAUGAAGACGAAGACGAAGACCAGGGCUCAGAGGAAGACGAAGAUGGACUCUCUACCCAGGGUCAAUACCGUCCUGGCCGUGACCAAGCGCUGCAGUCUUCGUCCUAUCCAUACCCCGGUCGCAACAACGACAAACAUACCGCCAGGGAAGAAGUCGAAGAAGAAGCAUCUGAAGCAGAAGAAGAUGUCGAAGAAGCGGAAAUCGAAUAUGAAGAGGAGUACGAGUACGAGUACGAUGAGCAGGAAGUCGAGGAAGAAGAUGACGAGGACGACGAGCUGCUAGAGGAGGACGAGGAUACCGACAACGGUGGCGGUCAUCAUCACCAUCUUCAACAUCAGCAUCAGCAUCAACGCAUCUAUGCUCAUCAGGGUUACAGCAAUGCCAGUACCAGCGGAGAGGGAGACGGCGAACUGUACGAGGAUGAAGAAGAUGAAGAAGACGAAGAUGGUGAUGGUGAUGCCGGCAGCACUACCGACUCUACUACACCACUUACGAAUCCCGCGCAGGGCUUCAGUCGAGCCACGACAAGCAGUGCUGGGCCAGGAGGGAGUGCGGACGAUGCUGUCGUCCUGAGUGAUUCCGACUGAAUUGUUAACAGACAAAGACACGGAGAGACACCACCACCACUGGGUUCAAAUACCUAGGAGUGUGUGUCCAUCUAUGGUAUGGUUUGUUGGACCUCGACUACCUAGGCACUGGCAGUGUACGGGUCUCACGAGGUAGUCAAGGUACCUACCUAGUCUUGGUACCUACCUACCUAGGUACCUACCUAGGUUGAUAGUGGUCACUGGCUACUUAUGUACAGCUUCUCCCCACUCUAGUCGAUUAGUCUGACUGCCUAGGUACUUACUCACGGCGGGAUUGGGAUUGGAACUUACAAUGCCUCCAUCCCGGCCAAUUCGAACUCGGGAUAAUCAAUGGAAAAAAGGCUUGCUCUCUCUC